UAGACAACUGCCGCGCAGCACGAGCUUCGCUCUCGGUUUAGAGGUAGCAGUGCAGACUAAACACUAACCGGGUCUCGGAUUAGACGAUAUAAGAGUUGGCAAAAUGGAAACCAUCGACUAGUUCAGUGUACACUUUUCAAUGAACUGCGCACGAGUAUGCAUUUUUUGGACGUUGUGUAGAGUUCUGCGUGUGAUCAGUGCGUUUGCCUUAGCUGCAUUUCGUAAUCAUGAAGUUGUUUAACUUCUCACUGAAAGAUGUCACAACGAGGAUAGAAUAUUAUUCCAGGUUCUCGCCCUCACCGAUGUCCAUUAAACAGUUUUUGGAUUUCGGUAGAGAGAAUGCAUGUGAGAAGACCUCCUACAUGUUUCUGAGGAAAGAACUGCCAGUUCGACUGGCAAAUACGAUGAGAGAAAUCACUCUGUUGCCUGGCAACCUGCUAAGUCAGCCGUCUGUCCAACUGGUCCAGACCUGGUACAGUCAGAGCUUCGCGGAGCUAUUAGAGUAUGAAAACCAGUGUCCAGAGGAUCCUCGCACCCUAAACAAUUUCCUAGACACCCUUAUCCAGAUUCGGAACAGACACAAUGAUGUAGUUCCUACCAUGGCCCAGGGAGUGAUUGAGUACAAGGAGAAGUUUGGCUUCGAUCCUUUCAUUAGCAGCAAUGUACAGUACUUCCUGGAUCGCUUCUACACCAGCCGCAUCUCCUUCCGUAUGCUGAUCAACCAGCACACUCUCCUCUUCGGCGAUGGCAUCAAUCCGGCCCACCCAAAACACAUUGGGGGUAUUGACCCAACAUGCAAUGUGGUUGAGGUGGUGAGAGAUGCUUAUGAGACAGCAAAGAUUCUCUGUGAGCAGUACUACAUGUUGUCACCUGAACUACAGAUUCAUGAAUUCAACACCAAGAACCCAUCUAGGCCCAUCCAGGUGGUUUAUGUGCCAUCACAUUUGUUCCACAUGCUGUUUGAGCUCUUCAAGAACUCAAUGCGAGCAAUGGUGGAACUCCAUGAGAACAGCAGGGAGGGACUCCCCCCUGUGAAAGCACUUGUGACUCUGGGAAAAGAAGAUCUGUCCAUAAAGAUUAGUGAUCGAGGUGGCGGGGUCCCCUUGAGAAAGAUUGACCGCCUCUUCAACUACAUGUACUCCACUGCUCCCACUCCAACACUGAAUCCCUCACAAGCUGCUGCACCACUGGCUGGUUUUGGUUAUGGCUUGCCUAUCUCCAGACUGUAUGCACGAUACUUCCAGGGAAACCUGAACCUUUAUUCUCUGGAGGGUGUGGGAACUCAUGCAGUCAUUUAUCUGAAGGCUUUGUCCAGUGAGUCUUUCGAGAGACUUCCCGUGUUCAACAUGUCAGCAUGGAGACAUUACCAACUGGGCCCAGAAGCCGAUGACUGGAGCAACCCCAGCAGUGACCCACGGGACGUGUCUACAUUCAAAGCCAACACAUAGCCCGGCCAUGUAGACCAAGUAGCUACGAUACCAACACAGGACUACAAAUGUUUUUUGCCAGCUUGGUGCUACCUGUGCGAAGCCUAGUCUACACUAACAUGGGUAAAUUAGUAAAUAGCAUUUUUUUUUUUUUGGCUACACUUGCAUUUUAAGUGUAUCGUCUAAACGUUCCCCAUCCACAAUUAGAAUGUAAAGCAAUGUUGAGCAUGUGUGAGUGACCUAUGGCUCCUUUGUCAUUACCACCAUGGUUCUUUGUUUACAUGCUGUAGUUGUGUGCCACACAGCAGCCAACAUGUAGAGAAAAUGGCUAGAAAAAAGACAGACAGCUUCUUUGUCUACACAAAGUCAAGUAACAAAAUCAAAUAGCUAAACAUGAAAUUAAAAUACUUACUGCAGUAAAAAGAGUGACAACAGGUUCAUCCAUUUGGAACUGUGGAAGUCGCAACCUUAUGUCAGUGUUUUCUAAAAGCCAUGUAUUCUCUUAUCCACACUCCAACACCAAGCUGCAUUUUUAUUUUCUCCACUUUGGAGACUGGAUAUGAAAAUAUUUUUCAGUGAUGGAUGUUUUAGCAUGAAUGAAUGGGCAAAACAUAUAAAAACAGGUGGGUUUACAAGUUUAACCAUAUUAGUGUGCACCAAGCUUGAAUCUAAAGCAAGUUGUAAUCAAAUAGCUUUUCAAAUGUUGCCUCUUGGUCUGGUAUUUAAUAGGUUGACCCAUGGAUUUUUAAAAAUACUGUGUUCUGUUUUUUAGUUGCUAAAAUAUCAGGGUAAAUUAUUUUUUAUGGCUUAAAUAGUUAUUUGUGAUAUGUUUACAGCAUGAUUUUUAUAUCUAGUCACAUGCUGUUAAAAUAUGUCUUGACAUGCUGUAUGUAGUCACAUACUGUUAAUGGCUACACUU